AUGGCCAGCAGCCUCUUCAAGCCCAAAGCAUUGGGGGUGGAUCGGCAUGGCGAUCCCCCCGAGUCUCCCCCAGUCGACCAGCCUCUCGCUCCUCGCCAAGCCAAGUCCCUGUUCGUCGUCCUCCUCAUCCUGGCCAUCUACACCACCAUCAUGUCCGGCUUGUUCUUCAUCAUCGCCUGCCUGAAGCCCUUCUACGGCGACUGGAUCGGCCGCAGUGGCAACCUGUCCGCCUCCUCCGCCUCUCUUCUCAGUGCCCUGCUGGCCAAGACCAUCGAACUGUCCUAUGUGACCGUCUGCGUCGCCUUCCUGGGCCAGCUGCUCAGUCGGCGGGCUCUGCGGCAUGGGUCGGAGGGGGUCAGCGUCGCGGACAUGACGCUGCGGACAUGGAUCACCCAGCCAGGGUCGCUGCUGAUGCAGUGGGAAGUCCUGCGCUACUCGGGCUGGACGAUCCUGGGCGUCAUCACCCUGGUGGUCGCCCUGGUGGCCAUGUUGUACACCACUGCGGCCGAAGCUCUGGUGUCCCCCGACUUGGUUCUGGGCCCCGUGCGCCAUCGCGUCCUGCAGGGCAAUGUCUCGACGGAAUACUCCAACCCCUACUACCUGGAAAACAACUGCCAGACCCCCAUCACCUCGGCCAUGGACCCGGUCUACUGGAACUCGACCUGCCUGGCCAUCGAGCUGGCAGGUCGGGCCUUCCACGACUUCGACCAGUACAUCCAGGACUGGGCCAUCCAGGUGCAGUCCGGCAACGACACGUCGACCUCGCUGGUCUCCCGUCCCAAGCCCUACGGCCAGCUGUACGACAACACCACCGUGACGGGCCACUGGAUCGAGAUCGUCAACACCACCGAGGUCUCCUCGCAGUACGGCCGCAUGGUGAACAAUGUCACCGCCGCCUACCCGCACGCCGGUCUGUUUGCCGCCGCGCGCGACCCGAAGAACCACAUCCAGCAGCCCGUCGAUCUGUCCGGCGAGGGCAAAUACAUCCUCCAGGCCUCCGUCCCCGUGCCCGCCGUCAACGUGCUGUGCGCGGGUCUGUCGACCGAAGACCUCAAGCCCAUGAUCUAUACCGAGUGGCCCGACCACGAGACCUUCAACGCCUCCACCUGGUAUGCGGACACCCUCGCCGUCUCGACCACCAACGCCACCGUGAUCGACGACCUCUUCGGCUUCGACUCCGACAACCAAGCCCCCGUCUUCCCCAUCUACCCCGUGGCCAUGAACACCAUCAUCAACCCCCGCGUCCUCAACACCACCUACCUCUAUCUCCUGGGCGCCUCCCCCGCCGGCCACAACCCCCCGUACGUGAUGUGUGGCCUGCGCGGCAAGCAGUCGGGCAAGUGCUCGGUCAAGUACCAGGUCGACUCGAGUGGCGGCGUGCUCAGCGCGAUCUGCGAGGACCCGUCCGACGCCCUGCAGUACGACCGGCUGUCGGACCCCGGGAUGGUGGAGGACGAGUGGGACGUGAACUGGAAGAGCGUGGCGUGGGAGUGGGCCGACUCGGUGACGCUGGGAUCGGGCAUCACCGGGGGGGACGCCAGUAUCGAGCGCAUGCUGAUGGAAAUGGUCCCGGCCUUCGACAACGCCACCAACACCUCCAGCCUGGCGAGCAAUCUGCCCUCGACCGGUGAGGCCCUGGCCGUGAUGGCGGGCACGACCCUCCUGCUGGGCAGCCAGGACUCCCCCUUCGUCCCCUUCUGGAACUACACCAAUUCCACCCUCGACCCGCCCGUCGUGCAGAUCUUCAACGCAACGCUCCAGUCCGCGGGGUAUGCCUCGGGUCGCGUCACCGACUGGCAGCAGGUCUUCUAUGUCAUCCUGGCCGUCGUGUUCGUGACCAACGUCGUGUGUCUGGCCUUCAUCCUGCUGCAGCUGCGCGGCCACCUCGUCACGGACUUCACGGAGCCCCCGAACUUGUUCGCCCUGGCCGUCAGCAGUCCCGACACCUCUCGCCUGGCAGGAAUGGCGGGGGAGGCACCCUCGGGACCGCGACUGCGCGAACGCUGGCAUGUGGGCGUUCGGGAGGAGAGCGGGCAUUUCUUCAUUCGGACGCGGAUGGAGCGCGAGGCGGCGAUGUACUCGACGGCCCGCGAUGUCGGGGAUCGGGACGCGGUGGAGGUCAUUGUCGAGGAAGAAUCGUCAUGA